AUGUUGGAUUCCACUCUGAAGCAUUUGAAGGAGACCCAUCCUCAGGAAUCUCGGUUUCUGGAGAGCCUCUCCGCCAUAGAGGAGCGCCUGGAUCUUUUAAUUACUCGGCAGCAGAAUUGCAUUUUUUACGACCCUGGAUCUCAGCUUUCUAAGAUCCGUUUGAGGAUUUACAACACCUAUUCCGACCAGAACAAGCUGAACUCCAACGCGCUGUUUUCGCAUAUUCCGCCCUCCCGCUACACUCUGUUCAUAAAGGCCUACGAGCUCGACAGCAGCAAUAAGGUGGUCGAAAACAAGAACGUUGGCCUUCUGACCAAGUAUUUUCGGACCAUUCUCAUCGACACUCCGUCGGGCGUCGUCAUUUGGGACCGCGACGAGGUUCUGGGCCAGAAAUCGCAAAUUUUUACCCAAAACACCAAAAACAGCGGCCACAGCUCCGGUUCUGCUCUCAAUCAUGGCUCCUGUAACCCCUAUGUUUCCAGCUCGAACAGCUUCAUGACUCAGAGUGCCGGCAACACCGACUUAAGCUCCUUAGACGGUUCCGAGGCUACACACAGCGUAUACAACGGCCUUGACGAGCUCCACAUUAACCGCUUAGGGUUCGAGGAGUGUGACGUGUUCAUAUACUUCUUUCCUACUCAGGUUCUUCCCGUCUACUCCCUUUCCAAACAGCUGCUUGAGUUUGUAGUUUCCAAUUCUCACGACAAGGACCCCCGGAUGGGCAAUGCUCAGGCGAAUUUGCCGAAGAUAACCCGGUCCAUUUGGACCUAUGCCUUCAAGAAGCGUCUUUUUGUCGAGGAGGGCGACGAGGUUCUGCUGAACCUGGACGACAAUCUCCGGUAUUUGCUGAAAACUGACUCCAAACAGGUUAACAUUUCCGAAAUUCCUGUUUUACUGAAGCCGCACUUGAUGCCUCCUUUGCCUCUCAAGGUUGUUCACCGUGUUAAGUUGAAGGGCAGUCCCAAGGACAACGAGCGCGUCUUCGACGUAACUCUCCACUCUUCUUUCACCGGCAACUACCGUACUCAUGACUGUUCCACUGAGCUUGACGGCCAGAUUGCCUCUGCUGAGAACGAGGUGAUUGAGCUUCUUCACCUUCGCAACAUUUAUUCAACCUUUGCAUCCGAUCCUCACAAGUUCAUUUCGAGUUACAUUGAGAACCGCAAUAUUCAAAACUUCAAGCCCUUAGUUCCUGGGAAACUCGACCAGAAGGAGAACUACUUCGAGGUACUUGAUCCCUGGGUUCACUACGCCAUUGAAAAUUACCUGUAUUCAAACAACCGCACUGUCAACGACUUCAUUUCCAGGAUAAUGGAGAAGUCGGAGGAGCACCCAAAAAAGUAG